CCAGUCAGUGUAAGAGCGAUUUUGUAGACGUUUUCGUUACAUUCUGUUCCUGUACUGUGUUGGCGUUUGUAUUGCAGGUGCUAGCAGUUAACAUACUUGGACGCUGUUUACUAGCUACAACUGUGCUAAUAGCUUGCAGGUCAAUCAGUCUUAUGAUUGAUCAAAAAAUGCAAAUUUGUGUGGAGAUCAUCGUUCAUACCAAUCCAUUAAGCUAGCGGAUUGUUAAAAGCAAAACUAAAACAAACAUAAUUACACAACAAAAAUGAGUUUUAACAGUUCCGCCUCUGAUGAUACUACGGGAAAGACAACAUCAAAGGAAGGAAAAUCAAUGAUAGCACCACUUGCGGCUAGUAGGUCUAAGAAAGGCGCUUCUUCAGUUGUUUCCGAAAAGAAAGUUGUAUCACCCAAAGCACAACAGACAAAACGUGCAAGCCCUCCGCUAUUUGCACCAAAAACACCAACACCUGCCACAAUGCUAACUUCGCGAGCGGACGAUAAGGCUCAGACGCGUCGAUACAGUGCACCUGUCAAAAUGCUUGAUCGCAGCUCAUCUAGUAGGUCAGAUAAAACGCUGUCCAGCAUCGCGAAAGCAAAGAACAAAACUGACAACGGUUUGCCGGUGACAUGGCGAAAGGAGUUGUAUGGUUCAAGGCCUGGAUCGGCUCAAGCAAGAUUAGAAAACUUACGUGCAGCUCUGGAUAAAGAGGUCGAAGAGCAAAAAAUAACCAAAGCUGCCUCGAGCAUACCAACUAAACGCUCUAAGGAUGGAAAAAAUACUCCAAAUAAAAAGGUAACCAAUCCUCCUAGCGGCAGCCAGUCUAGCUCGGCCUCUGUCAGUACCGUAAAAACUACCAGUCCUGUUUCGAAAGUUGCAACUGCAAAGCGCACUGACGUUAAUCCCGAAGUUACAGAUGUAAAGCAAGCAAGCACCAUCGUUAAAGAAAAACACGACAAUAGUUAUGAAAUGGAUGUGGAUGGCGUAGAAACCAACAAUUCGAAGUUUCAGUUCUCUUUUACUCCGUCAGUGCAAACUAGUAGUAGUUUUGGUCAACAUAAUGCACCUGCCAAAAUUGCUCAACCGCCCAACCGCAGCUUAUCGAGCAGGUCGGAUAGAACGCUUUCCACUAUCGUGAAAGUAAAGCACAAAAAUGACAAUGGUUUGCCAAUGGCAUGGCGAAAGGAACUGUAUGGUACAAAACCCGGAUCCGCGCAGGCCAGGUUAGAAAACUUACGUGCAGCUCUGGAAAAAGAGGUCGCAGAGAAAAAAAUAUCCAAAACAGCCUCGAGCAUACCAAUUAGACGCUCUGAGGAUCGGAAAAGUCCAUCUAAAGAACGAGUUACAAUACCUCCUAGCGUUAGCCAGGCUAGUUCGGCCUCUGUCAGUACCUUAACAGCCAAUAGUGCUCUUCCGGAAGCUGCAACUUUAAAGCGCUCCUCUGCAGAUACAGAAGUUUCAGUUGUGCAGCAAAAUAGCGUUGCUCCAGCUACUGUCAGCAGAAUAGAAAACCUCGAAGAUAGCUUUGAUAUGGAUGUGGAUGAAACGAACAGUUCUGAGCCGGGAAAUUAUUUUCCUCCAGCAGUGCAGACUAGUUCGAAAAGUAUGGAAUUUGACAGCUUUUUGGAUUCAAAAAUGCAAGAUGCAAAUGCAAAUGACUUUACAAAAUUGUCCGAAGUGUUAAAACAGGACGCUAUGAAGAGCAGCACGAAAGAGGAAGCCAAUGACGAUUCGCAUAGAGUUGUAUCCGAUCUGAAGACCAAGUACAAAGAUGGACUGGCUGCAUUUUCGAGUUACUUUUAUUGUGUAAUUGACACCAACAUCUUUAUCGAAUAUUGCGAUGAUUUUCAGAAUUUUCUGUCAAGAAAAUACUCAGGAAGUCAACCGAUCGUAGUCGUACCGUACAAGGUGCUGCACGAAUUGGACAUCGUGAAGCAUAAAAAACCGCACUUGGGGACGAAAAUUACACCAGUUGUAAAAUUUCUUCAUCAAAUGCUACGCGCCAAGGACGCUCGAGUGAAGGGACAGCAUCCAUGGGACGAUACAAUCGAGCUAAUGCCAGUGCUCUCCCCGGACGAUUCGAUCAUUAACUGUGCAUUGCAGGUACAAUCGGUAGCCGCUAGUGAUGAUGCGAAGGUAGUGCUAGUAUCAAAUGAUUGCAAUAUGCUAACGAAAGCGUUGGUAGCAAAUUUAAACUCCUGUACAAUGGACGAACUUCAUUCGGAUUACAAAUUCUGAUUACUCGAUGAAGAUAAAAAAGAAAUAAGUGCCUUUGUUAAUACAGUUAACCCCCUCAUGAGGAGUUCAUCUUUUAACAGGUUUAAACAUUCGUGCCAAUUUAUAUGCUACGAAAACACUCCUUGUAGCUAUUUCUUUCGAAACCGUAGUUCAAACAUGGGAUCAGAUUUGGACUAAUACGGGAUGUCCAGAAGCUGCUGACAUCAAUAGCAUUAACCCAUUCAACGUCGUGUCAAAAUCAUGCAAAACGAUGUCCGGGUGAUACAGCGCCAAACGUGGUAAAAUAUCAACCAUUAAAGAACUUGUGAAACUGAUUUUAAGUAUUGAAAACAAUAUCAUCGAAGCACUAAUAGUUCCUGAAGAAGAACGAAAACGUCCCCCCAAGUGUCUGGGAACUGAUGUUGUUGAUGCUAAGGAAACAUUUUUUUCACAGAAGGUGAAACAAAUUCUCAAUCAAUCGAUGCCAUUCUGAAGAUGUUGAAAAUGGGAUGUUGGUUCCUCAUACCAUCAUCCUGACGAUACAGUGCCUGCAUGACUGAAUGCCUUAGACUUGUUAUGAGCAUUGUUUCAUGUUGUGUGGGAAAAACAAAAUCCCGCAUAACGGUUGAAACAUUAAAAAAAUUAACUCGUUAUAAGAGGGUUAACUGUAGUUGUUUCAAUUAUUAUAUAGAUUAGGAGUCUUGUACAUGAAAAUGAAUUGACACACUUUUAUGUUAUUCGUAAAUCUUAUGUUAUUGUUUAAUGUUCAAUCAAGUCGAAAUCGUUUGUUUGGUUGUUUUUUAAAAUAGAAAUCGUUUUUGUUCCGAUUUGAUACAGAAGCCCUUCUGUAUCGUGCAUACUUUCUAUUGGAUCACCAAGAUCAUACAGGCCAAAAUAGUGCAAUCUUUGCUAAUGAGGUCAUUUCAGCUUCUAUUUGACUCGAUCGAUCCGUUUUAUACAGCGUUUGAACAUAAGUUUCUGUUGAAUGUAAAUUAUUGUGAAAAUAUCGUUGCUUUAUGAAAUAACUAUGUCUCAGGACUAAAUAGGUAGCUCUUAGGAGUAACACUUGUAAUUUCAUGUUCUAGUUAUUAAUGGGGAGUGGGGCCGAUUGUUAUUGGUAGCGGUGCCGAUCUUUACACCACAGGACUGGCCCAAAAGCCCAUCCGGAUGAAACAUCCGUACACAGGAUUGACAAUCACUGCUAUGGGUAAAUAACAUUAAAGAAAGACAUAAAUCACAGGUUUUCACUCUUGAGGUUGUUGUACCGAUAAAGAAAAAGAACAU